AAAAUGUUUAAAAAACUUAAGCCGGGUGAAAGCGAGGAGGAUGUUCUCCGCAUGGCAGCCGACUUCCAGGCAGAGCGACAGAAAAAUCCAAGUUUUCAGCCAGCAGCGGCGUUUGUACGUAUGGAAAAGAUUCCAAAGAAGUCCAUGUUUGCACAGAAGCGAGAGCAGGCGAAGCUAGGUCGUAUAUCCUCCACCAAUGAGCAAGGAGCACAGGAGCCCAAAUUGACCGUCAAAAAAGCAGUGACUGCUGCAACGAGCAGUGAGGGGUCACCUUCGACCAAGGUACUGUUCGAUGAAAUCCAUGAGAACAUGCUGGGAGAUGUGCGAGGCAGCAAAGUAAAUCCCAGCAUGAUGGGCGCCGUGCUUGGCGAGAUAGUGGAAAGAGCCGAAGGUACACAGCGUCCCCCAAUCCGACAUUCCAAUCAGCCAGCCACCAACAGGCCUCGCAGCAUUUUCGCCAAACAGCUUUUGGAAGGCGGCGCAAAGACUGUUGAGGAAUCGCAAACGAAACUAUUUUCGAAGGCACCAACCGGACGUAGUGCCAUUGUGAGAGAUGCGAAACUGGCAAAGGAACUACAUGACGAAAACAUGGCUCUUCUCAGUCAAAUGAGCGAAGAGGAAAUUUUAGCCGAGCGUCAAAGAUUGCAGGCCACGUUGGAUCCGGCAUUGCUUGCAUUGCUGUCCAAAAAUCGUGGAAUCAAAAGCCCUUUGGUUGUGAGCGAGCCAUCUCCAAAGCCCAUCGAGCCCACGCCACAGCCUCAACAGCCGAUUUCAUCGUUGGUCGACUCCAACCCAGCACAUGCGCUCUUGCUGCAAAGUGACGAAGACAAAUGGCUUAAUUUCAAUCUUGUGGAAGAGCACAAGCUGGCCUGGAUGCGCGAUAUACCAGCCAAGAUGAGCCAGCUCAAGCCGGGACAGCAGUUCGAUGCGCGCUUUGAUUGGAAGGGUGUUCUACUGCCGCACACGCUCAAGAACCCAGACCAGGACCGUUCCGUUCCAGUGGACGAGCGCGAGCUGUAUUUGCACGGCGAGGAAGCUGAACGGCCGGGGUACACGCUGCAGGAGCUGUUUCGGCUGGCUCGCUCGACUGUGUUACAACAAAGAAUAUCGGCAUUUGGUGCCAUCGCGGGUAUCUUCAGCAUCUACAAUCAGGGCUUCUAUGACCAGGUGCUCACGCUCCCGGUUUCAAAAAUGUUCUUCCUACUGCGCUUUGGCCUCGAUGAAAAUGUGGCCGCGCAGCUUGAGGUAGUAAGCAGGGCAUUAGCCUGCUUGUUCUACAACGAAACGGACGAGGUGCUGCUCGACUAUAUCCACGACAAUCCCUACUGCCAUUGGCAGCCAACGCUUCAGGUCGUGAGCAAUUACAGCGACUCGGACUCCGAUCCGACAUCCAUUGCCUUUUUGCAGCGCUACAUGAAACUGUUGACCAGCAGUCCCUCUGUGCGAGCCGAUGUCGCUGAGGAUGAGACGGAGAGUCGCAUGUCCAUGGAUGACUUUCAGCUGGCCGAGGCAGACCUCAUGGAUUGUCUGCUCCGAACGAAUAUAUUGCAGCGGAUUACGUUCAUCUUGAGUUCAAUGCGUCCUGACAACAGCACCGUGGACUCCUGUCUGAAGCUGCUCAUACGAAUCGCUCGCACAAGUAUAAAGGUUGCACGGCAGUUGGCAAACGAAAGCCAUCUCUUAGAUGUUAUAUUAACCCACUUUCUGCCCUCUGGGUCGUCGUCGAGCGUCGCGUUCUACGGCCAGCCCCAGCCACUCUGCCUGAAGCUUAUUCGAAUACUGAUCUGCCAGCACUUGGACAUAGCCAAGAGCCUUUCAAAGGGCGUUCUGAUCGAGCGACUGAAAGAGUACUUGUUUCUACGCGACAGUGUUGGGGGAAAAAUGGUACGCGUUCAGGUCGAGUCACUGCGCAUCCUGCGCUGUUUGCUCCUUCUGGGGAUUGUGGAUCGCGACCUCUACAGACAGUUCCUGCCCGCCCUGCGCCAAAUGGUGGACUGGCACUGCAAUCACAGUAUUUUCGAUGGAGUGGGCGGAUCGGUGCUGAUACGACAGCACGCAGCGGCCCUUCUCGUGGCAAUUGUGGGCGCCGGCGAGAGCGGAGCCUGUGACGUGGAUGGGCAGAAGCUGCUGGCAGGGCCACUACACAACUGCUGUUGCAGCUGGAUGCACUCUGCCUCGCGCAUUGAUUCUAUCAAGGAUUUCACCCAACUCACGCUAUUGAGUGCUGUGUUGUAUGUCGUUUCUUGGUUCUGCCGCCACGGGUAUUUGGGAACGACGGCCUUUCAGCCAUUUCUACGCAGCGUUCUUCCACAGUUUGUGCGCUCACCCAGCCUCGUUGCAUGUGUGCGCGACCUAAGCAAGGGCUCUGUUGUUCUGCGACGCCCCGUCGAUCGGCGCAAUAUCCAUCCAGCGUUGCCGAAUGUGGGCGCAGUAUUGAUGCAUGACUGUGGACCCCAGCUGAUUGUCAGCGACACGUAUCCGGUGCACCUGUUGAGCGGCAUCUGGGCUUUGCGCGACCUGUCGCUGGAGUCUGGGGAGAGGCCAUUGUUUGAAGCGCUUUUGCAACCGUCGGUGCUGGAGCCAGUGGCCGAGUAUCUGCGGGAAUUGAGUUCGGGACUGAACCGCAUCCUGGCCACCAACUUCUUUGCACGGAGCGAGCUGAGGUUCGUUCAUCAGCUGCUCGUAACAGAUGGACUAGAGACCUACUUGGAUCGCACGCAGUUGCUGCAGCUGGUCUACAACUAUCUGUGCUGCCUCUCCACGGCCCAUGCGACACAGAUCAAGAGCACAUUCGAGCGCUUUAUCUUCAAUGGGAAGUACGUGGAGUUGGACGCGGCGUGCUUGAAGCUGUUGCAACAGACCUGCAUGGAAAUGAUUUACCCGCACGUGAUAGCUGACAACUCUGAGCCCUCACUGUCGCUGUGCUACACGCAGGCACCCAUCCUGCCGGCUGAUUGGCCAUUCUUUCAGAUGCGUCUUAUCCUCGGCAACUACUUGCAGAAUGUACAGCAGCAGCCAGCGGCAAUAUUUUCAGAACAGCAAGUGGUGCGCAUGACCCUUAUGUUUGUGCGGCAACUGGAGAAGGAAGGCUUGCAGAUUGUUUCCCCGCUGGAAAAGCUUAUGUAUCUGAUGAUUGCCUUUAUGGGUCCCGACUCGCAGUUCUUGGAACCAGAUCUGCAUCAGUUGCUGCACGGUUACCUAAAGGACUUCUACGCCCAGAAUGUUACGCUUCACUUUGAUUUCGAUGCCGAGUUCGUGGAUAAGGCCAGAUUCGAGCCACUCUACUAUCUGUUUGUGGAGCACUUCGCAGCGGCCAGCUACGGCGAUGAGCUGUUCAGUUCGCUGGUGCUGCUGCCUUUGGCCCAGAAGUACGACAACAAGUGGCGACGGCGACUCUGGUCCGAGCAUGUGCAGGUCAUGCGCUUUCUCAACUGCGACCCAGAUCUGUUAAUCGGUGGACUUUCUGCUUAUCUGGAACCGGUGGAGGAGGAGCCAUCUCUGGUGCAGUUGUAUGGCGAUGCCCUAGAGCGUAGCCUGGUUCGUCCUGGCAGCAUUGCUUAUCGAAUAGCACAGCACCACUUCAACCACUCGCAGGUGGUGCAGAAGACCAAAUUGUUUUGAUUAUCUCAAAAUUAAUUAGGCAUGUACCUCUUGGACUCUUGGGCGAUAAAGCUAUGUCAUGGCGGGGUGCAAAGCAGUCUAAAUGUGAAAAUAGUCUAUUUAAAGCCGAACCGAUUCCGAACUAUCUCUGUUGCCCGGUUAAAGUUCCCUAUCAUAUCUGACCGAAAUAGAACCUACUUAUAUUAAGCUGCUCAGGAAGACCCUCGAGAUUGAUAUGCACGUGAUUUGUCUCAAUGGCCCGACUGGAGUGCCGUGCCUGGCCAACGAACACACAAUAGGUAUAGAUAUAAACGUAUGAGAAAGCCAUAGUUUCCUGUCGCUUCUAAAAUGAGAGUAGAGUCAGGAGCAGGGUUCAGUUGUGUAACCAUUGUGCGAAUGCCUAGUUUAAUUGCAAUGUCCGUAAUCUGCUUGUGGCAGCCUGACUGCUGCAGAGCAUUUUGCUAUCGGCCUCAAUUAAUUAACAUCACUUGACUUAUUGACACAUGGGCCAAGCCAAGACUUGCUGUUGGCUUGCCGUUGACUUGCCGUUGGCCUGCCCUGCCCUGCCCUGUCCUGCCCUGACUGCUGAUAAAAUAUAUGUAAUUAAAACGAGCACAAUUGAGGGGCCACUGCUAAUUAAAUUAUUUGAUCUGUGA